AUUCUGCAGUUUUGGAUUUCGAUCUUUCUGUCGUUGGUGUUUGUCAUGUUGUCGUUAGUUGGUACUUUUGUCAUGCUUUUGUCAUUGGUGUCGUCUAUUUUGGUAUAUCAUUUGUUGUUAGCAUUGUUGGUCCG